GGGAAAGCUCUCUGUCGCAUCAAUUUUCCACUCCAUUCCUAUUGUCCUAUUAGUCUUAUCCUAAUCCGUGCGUCUGGAUCGGGACUCUGAGGCACAAUGGCUGGAGGUCAAAAGAAAUCCACCAAGAAGUUCGAGAAGAAGCAUCUGAAGGAUGUGCUCGAACGUCGGAAAUCGGUUGCGAAGAUCAAGCAGCGCAACAACCUCAAGGACAAGCGCAAGGCUGACAAUGCUCUAAAGAGAGCGGAAAGAGAGGAGGGGGAUGAGGAGGGACCCGAGCAGGAGAAGAAGCAGAAUGCCUUUGCGGAAAUGAACGUGGACGAUUUCUUUUCCGGCGGAUUCGACAUUGCGGACGCCGAUGCCAACAAGGGCAAGAAGACACAGAAGAAGGAUGUCACCCCGAAGAUCGGAAAGCGCAAGCGAUCGGAAGAGCAAAAAGACGAGGAAGAAGCUUCUGAGGAUUCUGGCAGUGAGGAAGCAGACGGACCGGCAGCUCAAAGCGAUGACGAUGAAGGAUCCGACGCCAGUGGGGAGGACGAUUUCGAGGCGCACAAGGGCCAGCUGGAGGCUUUGAAAGAAAAGGACCCGGAUUUCUACAAGUACCUGAAAGAAAACGACUCGGAGUUGCUUGAUUUCGGUGAUCACGGGGACCUGGCGGAAGUCGACGAGCUGAGCGAAGAAGAGGACGAAGAGCCGGCGAAGAAGAAGAAGAAGAAGGCGGCCCAGAAGGAAGAGGAGGAGGAAGAGACGACGAGCAAUACGUUAACGAUCGGAAUGGUCAAGAAGUGGCAGAAGUUGAUGGAAGAGCAGAACUCCAUUCGGGCGAUGCGGCAAGCCGUCCUUGCAUUCCGUGCCGCUGCCUACGUGAACGAAGUCGAAGCCCAAGAGCAAAAAUAUUCGAUCUCGGACCCAGAUGUGUAUCACCAGGUUCUCAUUACAGCUCUCAGCAAUGUUCCAAGAGUUCUUUCGCAUCACCUUCCGGUUAAGGAGACCGCGUCCGGCAAAGUCAAGUUGUCUCUCGAUUCGAAGAAGUUCAAGACUCUCACGCCUCUCAUCAAGUCGCAUACAUCCUCCGUUCAUCAGCUGCUCACGAAUCUCUCCGAUGAACAGACACUUAAGCUGACUCUCUCGUCCAUCGAGCCUAUGCUCCCUUAUCUCCUCCAGUUCCGGAAGCUUCUCAAGGUUCUUGUUAAGACGAUCGUUGCGAUUUGGGCUGAUGUCUCCACCGCGGAGGCGACUCGGAUCACGGCAUUCCUUCUGUUGCGGCGAUUGAUGGUGAUUGGCGAUGCUGGGCUCAAAGAGUCUGUUCUCAAGGCCUCUUAUGAGGGCGUUGUGAAGGGCAGCAGAAACACCACCGUGCACACUCUCCCAGGUGUGAACCUGAUGAAGAACUCGGCCGCUGAACUCUGGGGCAUCGACCAGAACGUUUCCUACACCGCAGGGUUCAACUUUAUUCGCCAGCUCGCCAUUCACCUCCGAAGCAGCAUCACCAACACCUCCAAGGAGUCCUACAAGACCAUCUACAACUGGCAAUACGUCCACUCGCUUGACUUCUGGUCCCGCGUCCUUUCUCAGCACUGCGAUGGUCUCGUCGAAGCCAAGCUCGGCAAGCAGUCGGCCAUGCGCCCUCUCAUCUACCCCGUCGUCCAGAUCACCAUCGGUGCGAUGCGCCUCAUCCCCACGGCGCAAUACCUCCCUCUUCGUUUCCAGAUGACCCGAUCCCUCCUCCGUCUCUCCCGAGCCACGGGAACCUACAUUCCCCUUGCCUCUGCGCUCGUUGAAGUUCUCAACCUCGCCGAGAUGCGCAAGCCCCCCAAAUCCAGCACCCUCAAACAACUCGACUUCAACACCACGAUCCGUACCCCGAAAUCUUACCUCCGUACCCGUGUCUACCAAGACGGCGUCGGCGAGCAAAUCGCCGAGCUUUUGUCCGAGUUCUUUGUCCUAUGGACGAAGCACAUCGCCUUCCCCGAGCUCUCCGUCCCCGUCGUUGUUUCCUUGAAGCGCUGGCUGAAGCAAGUCAGCUCGCGCUCCGGCGGAAACAAGAACGCCAAGGUCAACCAGAGCAUCUUGCUUCUGGUGCAGAAGGUCGAAGCCAACGCCCGCUGGAUCGAGCAGCGCAGACUCAGCGUCACAUACACCCCCCGGAACCGGGCGGAGGUGGAGACCUUCCUGAAGGAUGUGGACUGGGAGUCGACCCCGCUUGGUGCGUUCGUCAAGUCGCAGCGCAAGAUGCGUGAGGAGCGAGCCAUCCUCAUGGAACAGUCAAGACGUGAGGAGGAAAAGCGGAGGGCCGAGGAUAAGGAAGCCGAUAAGGAUGUGUUUAUGGAUGAGGGCGCGGCCAGCGGUGAUGACGAUGAUGAAAGUGACGGCGAGGACGCGAACUCCUCUGGCGAUGAGGACGAAGAGGAAGAGGAAGAGGAGGAAGAAGAUGAGGAUGAGGAUGAGAUCGAGAUGGAAGAGGAGUAAACCUUUUCAUUGCAUCCGCUAUUUAGUCGUCUUUUUCCUUUGUACUUCCGGUAUCUGAUUCCCUGUAUCUUUGUUCCGGUGAUAGCUAUGUGGGAUAUAAAUUUUUGUUUCACUUGUUG